AGUACUGCAGUUCCCGUUCCACCACCAACGAUGACAUUCAUAAAGGACGAUAAAUACACAAACCAGACUGAAAUGUAUACCCAAGGUUUGAUAAGAGCUAAAGUUAAGGUUAAAUUUUACGCUGGUUUCCAGAGCGAAGGGUGUAUGAUAUACAUUUACGCGAAUGCAGAUGGUGUUCAAUUUGGCGAAGUACAGGAGCCCACAACAACAUCAUCAGGGUUAGGAAUUGAACACGGUUAUCACAGAAUCGUGAACGGCAUGUACACAUUGACAGGAAUAUCUGUCAAUGUUGAAAGCAAUCGAAAUAUCGUGAUACGUUUAACAAUGGCUACAGUAUCGGAUACCAGUGAUCUUCAGGAUGGCCAUGUCUACACGUGGCAAGCGAGCUUGUCGUGCGGUGGUGUUGAAGAAAUACAAACUCUGGAUUUUACAGCAAAUUUGGAAGUCGUGGAAGAGGUUGAAAUUCCUGAAUUGAAAUUUGCGGAGGUGUCUGAGAACGUAUUACAUCCGGGUGAUCAAAUAUCUGGUAAAGUAACUGCGACAUUCCCACAGUAUUUUUAUGGAAGUUUUAAAAUCACGAUAUCAACAGUUUAUAACGAAACAACUAAUUCCAUAUUUGGAUAUUUUACUCAAGAGCCAAGAAAAUUCAUGACAGAUUCUAAUACCGGUAUAUCUUGGCAUGACACACACAGUUUUAUUGGUUCCACGAUGUAUCUCUAUGAAGUACAAACUAGUAGCAGUGAGAAAGCAAACUUUCCAGGCAGCCUUGAGAGAGAUCGUCAAGCAAACAUUGAAUUCAAUUUCAUUUUGUCAAAUACGCCUGAUAUACAGAACGACACUAAUUAUAUAAUGUUUGCUACUUUGGAGACUGAAAACACUGACGUGGUACAUACCGGCCUUGAAUUCACUACAGAUCUCACUACACAGCUGUCAUCAUGUUGA